AUGAAAUUGACGUAUCCGCUCACGACGGUCGGUCCAUACAAAAUGAACAUUGGAAAACUUUUCUUCGAUCGGAAAGUCAAUAAACGAGGUGUUAUCACUGGUGUUGGAACGGCGGCAAUAUACUUCACCACGUUUGUUGGUGACACCAGAAAGGAAAAACAGUUGGAACUGUUCGAGAAAGGCGUACUCGACCAAGUGAAAAUCCACAAUCAGAACAAGAACAACUCAAUAAAGUUUGUUUUGCAUGGUGCCAAUACGGUGACACAGGAGGUUCAACGAGGAGUGGGCAUGACUCUGCCCUACUAUAUUGCUGGUGCCGGUUUGCUAACAGUAUUUGUAUUGUUAAGUUUCGCGUUCGGUUCAAUGAGUUUCCAGCAAUUCAACGUAUCCGUACUGCUAUUGGGCAGUGCCUCAUUAAUAUCUCCACUACUCGCCUCAAUAAGCGCAAUUGGUUUAAUUCUUCUGCUCGGUUUCCAUACGAAUGUACUUGUGCUGAUAUCGCCAUUUCUUACACUUGCCAUAGGUAUAGGUGAGUUUUAUUCGUCAGGACCCAUGAGACUGUAA